AUGUACUCCUCGUCGGAGUUGGCCUUUGGGGCCUUGCUGCUCAGCGGCUGUGCCCUCGCCCACGGGACAGUGUCAGGGAUUGAGAUUGACGGGAAAUUCAUCCAAGGGUAUAGCCCCAACCAGCAGUACCAGAACCCACCACCCCAGGUGGUCGGCUGGUCGAUCCCUCAGGACCAGUCCACCGGCUUCGUCGAGGACAUCAACAGCCCGGAUGUCAUAUGCCACAUCGGCGCCACGCCGGCCCCAAUCACCGCCCCAGUGACAGCUGGCUCCAACGUCACUCUGUUCUGGACCAACAACUGGCCCGAGUCGCACCACGGGCCCAUGCUGGACUACCUCGCCGCGUGCCCCAACAACGACUGCGCAAACGUCGACAAGGCGCAGCUCAAGUUCUUCAAGAUCGACGCGGUCGGGCUCAUCGACGGCUCCAAGCCGCCGGGGACCUGGGGCUCGGACCAGAUGAUCUCCAACAACUUCUCGUGGACGACGACGAUCCCGGCCUCCAUCGCCCCGGGGAAAUACGUGCUGAGGCACGAGACCAUCGCCCUGCACGAGGCCCAGACCGAAGGAAAGGCGCAGAGCUACCCCCAGUGCGUGAGCCUGGACGUCCAGGGCGGCGGCUCGGCGGCCCCCGAGGGCGUGGUCGGUACGGCGCUGUACAAGAAGGACGACCCGGGCUUGGUUUUCAACAUCUAUACCGAGCAUGCGCCGUCGGAUUACACACCUCCUGGCCCACCUGUCUUUACGGGCUAA